UGUAUUGCGAGCGCACCGAGUCAGAGCGACGAGCAAAUUUCCAAGCGAAUUUCGGAGCGAUUUAACCAUAUUCUAACGCGGUUUUCUUGUUAAUUCAUUGAAGAAUGGCGUUAUUACCAUAUUGGUUCGACGACAUUCGCCCUAAGCGUAUCCGUAACCAGCUUUUUGGCAUGGACAUUUCACCGGAAGAUUUUUUGACGGAUGUACUUGAGCCCCCGACUCUACAGAUCCGCCGUUACAUUCGUCCUUGGAAAAAUCUGUCUGCAGUUGCAAAAGAUUUUGGAUCGUCAAUCAAGAGUGACAAAAAUAAGUUCCAAGUGAAUUUGGAUGUACAGCAUUUCAGUCCGGAAGAGAUCUCUGUGAAAACAUCAGACAGAUACAUUAUUGUAGAAGGGAAACACGAAGAAAAGAAGGACGAACACGGAUUUGUAUCGCGACAGUUUACAAGAAAAUAUCUCUUGCCAGAAGAUUGCAAUGCUGACACAGUCGAGUCUAAACUUUCUUCUGAUGGUGUUUUAACAGUUACGGCUUCUAAAUUCAGUAGUUUGAAGGACGAGAGGGCAAUUCCUAUAACUCAUACAGGACCUGUGAGAAGAAAAGUAGCAGACGAAGAACAAAAUGGUGAAGCAAUUGAAGAGGAAAAGACUCCACAGAAAAAACGUAGGCGUUAG